CAAUCAUUGUCGGACGAACACUCCCCAUCCCGCACACCACUCCAUUGCACACCAUGUCGCGACGACCUGCAAAAGGAGACUACAUCGAGACCGACACGGGCAACAAGGUCGCCCGCAAGGCGACGCUCGUCGGCACCCAAAACAUCAUGCUGGGCGGCAAGACCGUCAUCCAGCCCGAGGUCAUGAUCCGCGGCGACCUCGCCCGCUCGGCGCAACCCUCCGCCGGCGGCGCCCCCGCGAACAGCACCGCCGUCGCCAUCGGCCGAUACUGCUUCCUCUCGCGAGGCACCGUACUCCGGCCGCCAGGACGGAUGUAUAAAGGGGCCUUCACGUACCUGCCCCUCCGCAUGGGUGACCACGUCUUCGUCGGCCAGAACGUCGUCAUCCAAGCCGCCUCGAUCGGCUCGCACAUCCACAUCGGCCGCGACUGCGUCAUCGGCGAGUUCGCCAUCGUCAAGGACUACGUGCGCAUCCUCGAAGGCACCAUCGUGCCUCCCAACAUGGUCAUCCCGAGCUUCAGCGUCGUCGCCGGCCAGCCCGCCCGCGUCGUCGGCGAGGUGCCCGAGGGGGGCCACGAGGAGUUUGAGCUGCGCGAGCUGUACAAGACGGUCGGGAACAACCCGCAGCCUUUGCCUGCGUAGGCGAGACGGGUUCCAAUGGCUGUUGAAAUCGGGUGGGAGGGCGAGGGAAGGGGGCGCGACAGAGUCUUUCGGGUGCGAAGCAAAACGGCGUUUGGCGUGCGUAGGUCGAGCCAGGUGCUCAAAUGAUACCCCUGUUUUCUGGCGACACGACGGACCUCACAUGGAGUGACCAGUGGGCAAGUAUCCGCCAAAUUUUACUCAAUGAUCCAAGACGUCUUCAAUACCAGCGAAGCAUGAGUAGCGGACGAUGGGAGCAAGUCAUGCCACGAGCUAUUAUUUCUACCAACGUUGCAACAUCCUUCCGACUAACAGAACCGAAAAGCACAUGGCUUUUGACAUGACACCUACCAUGAUAUGCACAUCACGCCGCAACGCCGCUACCAAGCCCACCCUAUGCCCUAUCAAGGCUCGCCCGGCCAGAUGGAUUCGGCCAACCGUCUUACCAGCUUCAGCUUGUUCACCAUGUCCUCAUGCGAGAUCGAAUUGCCCAGAUGAUGGCUCGCGAACCCACACUGCGGGCUGACCCCGAUCCUCGACAACGCCUGCUCGCGCGUCUGGCCAGAGCCCUCGGCCACGAACUCGGCCGCCUGGAAUACCCGCCCCCUCAGCGUUUCGAGGUCCUCGAGCUCCGCGAACUUGGAUGUGACGACGCCCAGGACAACGUUCUUGUGCGCGGGCAGCGCCCGAAGGGGCUCGAACCCGCCGGCGCGGUCCGUGUCGUACUCGAGGAAGUAGGUGUCGGCGUUGAUGUCGUUAAACAGCCGCGACGCGACGCGGUCGUAGCCGCCCUCGGAGAAGUGCCGCGAGUAGGCGAAGUUGCCGCGGCAGAGGUGGAUGCCGAGGUGCAUGUCGGCGGGCCGCGAGGAGAUGCAGUCGUUGUACAGCCUGAUGUAGGACCGCAGUAGGGCGUCCGAGUCUUCGCCCGCGUCUUUGAAGCCCUGGAGCAUCUUUUCCGAGCAGAAAUCUAGGCGAGAUCGUCAGUCAGCUUUGCGCUGAACAGUCGAUUGCUAGGCAUCACUUACACGCCAAGUUGGGGUCGUCAAUUGUAACGUUCCGUACACCAUGGCUGUACAGGACAUCCAGUUCGGUGCGGUACGCCUUGGCGAUGUCGGCGAAGUAUUCUCUAUCAUUGGCAUAGACGUCUUUGGGGUACGCGUGUCCUUUCUGGUACCGCAGGUGAUACCAUUCGGGCGCCGGGAGGGUCAGCUUAGCCUCCUUGACGCGCCCAGGCGGGAUGUUGCUCUUCAAGAAUUCCCACUCUCGCAGAUAUGUACUGCCCUUGUGUUUGAUCUUACCGGUGCAAACUAUGGACUCGCCGGGCUUGUGGUCGCUCUCGACUGGGGAGGA